GCCGGGAUGUUUGCGGAAACGAAAAGUAAAAGUGUUUACCAAGGAAUAUACACAAAUUGUGCCAAUGACUAAUAUUGUUUACGUUUUGUGUGUUUUCUUGCCUUUUAUAUCACAUUUUUCAAUUCCGAAAGCUACCCGGCCGGGCCCCGGGUUAGGAAUUGUGACCCAGGCCUUAUACAGGGACCUCUAAAUGGUCGACACAGAGACCGAAUCUCAACACGUAGAAUAAAUCAGGUAGUUGUGCGGUCUUUGUUCCGGUCAUCCAGUAUGGUCUAGAAUUUCAGUAGAUCUGUCAUCUUUCAAGCAGGGCCUGUUUUGUUUUUACACGGAGAGGAGUGUGUUUCGUGUACCGGCUUUGUACAGGGCAAGCAUGUGGCGUAAAGCGCUGACGAGAGGCGCCGAAAAAAGAGCAUUGCCAAUGGUGUAAGGCGGAACGUGUUCGGGGUGGAACGGGGGAUAGGGUUAAGUGGUAAGGCGAGGGGCACCUUGUAAGCUUUGUUGUUUACAAGUGUCCGCGUAUCACCUACUAGAAUAUUAUGAUUGAUAUGACAUUUUAGAGGCACAAUACAUCUUAUUCUCCACAAGAAGAGAACAACCGUUCACCAAAGUACAAAGUCUAUUUUGAAAGGCAGCGUAGCUUGCAACGAUUGGCUCCCAUGAUUACAGUGGACAUGUGGCGUAAGUGACAGAACGGAGUUGUUGCCCAAGCUCACUUACUUGCUGGCAGGGUCAUCAAAAAGUUAUUUUUGUGCGUUACGUAAAAUUUUCUAACUGCUCGUCAAGAGAUACGACGUAGGAAGACAUGAGGCUCUUGAAAACCAUCCAACAUUUGCUAUUCAACUUCUUAUUUUUGCUGAUAAUCCACGCGGCUUUAUGUUCACCAGAAAGUUAUCAGACUGAUGUCAAUGGCGUCCCGUCGCCCUUCUGGACCGAGAAAGAAGCGAACAAUUUUCUUGAGAGGUCAUCGAGAAAGAAAAGGACGUUGCACGAGGAAUGUUAUGGUGAAGGGUGUGUAUAUGAGGAAGUCCGCGAGGUCACUUGGAACACGGAAAGAUCGCAAGAGUACCUGUACACGAUGGCGUGCGACGUCUGGGGAUGUACGGCUGGUUACCUGUGCGUCAGGGUGGACGCAGGGACGGCCGGGAGCGGGCCACACUGGAGGGAGUGUAACGAUAUCAACGAGUGCCUGACAAACAAUGGAGGUUGUCAACACACCUGCAGCAACAAUGACGGUAGCUACACGUGCAGCUGUAACACCGGGUACAGUCUGUCUGGACAGUACUCCUGCACAGAUAUCAACGAGUGUACGUCUGGUUCUAACGGGGGAUGUGACCACAUGUGCUCCAACACUGUUGGUAGCUACCGCUGCAGCUGUAACACCGGCUACUACCUGUCCGGUCAGCACAGCUGUUUGGCUUGUGACAGUAUAGCUGACUGCGAAGUGCGGGAGUGUACGGGUCCAGGUGACUCCACGUGCACCAGGUGUCGGUACGACCGUGGCGAAGACACCAUGGGCUAUCUGCUGGCUGCCGACGGCAAGUCCUGUACACAGUUAUGCUCCUGGCGACCGGACAGUCUGUUCUGUUACCCUGGCAACUGUGGCUCCAACAACCAACCGUCGUCCUGCACAUGUGCACCAGACUUCAAUGAGACAAACUGUUUGUCAAUCCAAGUCCCGCCGCAGAUGACCUACUGUGCAGGGCGGCUGAUAGGUGCAGAAGGCGAUGUUACUGAGGCACCAUGUACGGAUUUCACAACAGCGCCCUCUACCGUCUGGACAAACCUCCAAGUGGAAGCAACCACGGGGCAGUUAGAGGUUAAUUGGGAGACAUCGUUUGAAGAGCCGUUGUCGUCUGAUUGGCCAGGGCCUUACUACGUAGAUGACAGAAAAAUAGGGAUGACGGGGGCAUCCACUGACUGGUGGUUGGAAAGAGGUGCAGAUGACAUUCUGAACGGCUCCCUGACAUGUCAAUCAUAUGACGAUGGCAGCACAAAUCACGUGGUCAGUCAGGACAGCCCCGCCCUAUCAACUCACAACUGCACCAGAAGUCACGUGAUUUAUGAUACACCUCAACACGGGGACAGGUUGUUCUUUACGGCCAAGUCGAGAAAUGGCGGAUACGUGAAGAUCCGGAACUAUGACGGUUCCUCAGGCUACACCGUGGACCCGUCCGUGUACUACUCGGGCCAGGAGGUCUCACGUACCGCCCACUUCACCUUCGACUUCGUCCCUCCGUACCACUGCUCUGUGGAGGGGAACUGUACGGACAACAUGCUCGACAGAGGGCCAGCUAUUACCAGAAAUGGUACGAUUCGACUCCGUUGGUCGGGUUGGCAGGACGACGACUCCGGCAUCAGGUCGUACACGUACGAGGUCGUCAGGCUUCAGCCGUGUGGAGACGGGCUGGGGAUGCCGGGUCAGGAGCGGGAGUGUCAGCAGGAGAGCGCGUCACGUCCGAACCAGACCGCUGGUCUGUGCGCACUCGGUCUGAACGGUACACAGAAUGGGACAAACAGUACGAACAACACGGUGGGUCAGAAUGGGACGGGUGAAGGUAACAUUACGUGGGGAAACUGUACUGUGGCAGAAGUCAAUAACACAGAGCCAAAGCUAAACGGUACUGGCGAGGAGAAUGCUACGACAAGUGCACCGCAGGUAAAUAGGCGACGGAUCAUCAGAGAGGCAGGAGAAGCCGAAGCUAACGGAAACAAUACCUCAAACAUCACAGUGCAGGGAGAUAACACCAACACUACAUCAGGGUCUAAUGGAACGGACACAAACGGUAGUCGCAAUUCGACGGGCACAGAUUCGGCUAUGGACGGCCGGAAUGUCACAAAUGGCGGGAACGUGACUGACGUAGAGGACGGCGUAGUGUAUCCACUAAAUGGGAGUGUUGGGGCAGACAACGAGCAGGUGGACGUCACUAUCACCGAACCAGGUGUGUACUCUGUGACACUCACUGUGGAGGACAGCACGGCUCCGGGUGAAGGGAACGUCAUCACAGCGCGACGGUUUCUGCUAUUCGACGACAACAGCACGGUGGAGACAGACACAUCCGGGAACUUCCCUCUCCUCGUGACGUCAGCAGCAAACGACACAGGUUGGCUGUGGCAAACGAACUUACAAGAGGAUAACAACAAUGACACGAAGUUCCAGCUGACAUGGUCCGGCCACUUCUUCAACAAGUUACAUCGUGACAACAACUUCCUCGGUGCUAUCGUGCCACACCCAAAUAACAUCUCAGCUGAGUAUGAGGAAACGUAUGGGCAACCUCCGACGACCAGGUCACGUGAGGCGAUCCCGCACGUGCAGGGGAUCGUGCUGUUCCAGACAACCUGGGGCGUGGAUCAUCAGGGAGGGAGGAGUCUGACGCUUACGCCCGGGAACUGGGAGAACGUCACAGACGUCAUGGCAGAAGGACAAGAUUUCGAGAUUCCGCGUGAAGACGGCAACACAGUUCGGUUCUGGGUUCGCGCCAUUGACGUCAUGGGGGACGUCGCCGAAGACGACGUUACCAUUCACGUCGACUCGUCCCCGCCCGUUUUCGAAAACGUCACAUUUUCAGUGAACUGGACUGACAAGAUCGACUUCCUCAAAGUUCACAUUCAAGCACGUGAUCUUCACAGUGGACUUUUCGAUGUGCACUGGAAACUGCAGGACACGAUCAGACCUCUUCUGAUACACGGAGAAGGAAGGAUGGUGUUUCAAACCGCAGAAGAGUGUGAAGCACCCCAGUGUUACUGCAUCCCCAAGGAUAGCGACUGUUUCUUCUGGGAGUACACGAUCGACAUCGAGGUCAGGGAGAUGAACCUGUCAGUCAACCUUCUCGCCGAUGGAGGGUACAACGUCACGCUGACGGUGACUAACAACGCCAUGCUGCGGACCACAGACACACGACAGGUAAUUGUGGACGAACUACCUGGUGCUGAUGGCAUUACAUGGUUGCUGAUAGCCGGUGGGCUAAUCGUGUUCGGUGUCCUGCUGAUUGCAGUGUGUCUGCUGGUGGCCAAACGGGUCACCAAGCGGAAGGUGGUCCCUACUGCAGUCCCUAUUGACCAGAAGUACCAGCCGGCACCCACCCCUCUGCUCCACCCUACAGAGAACUUCUGCAACCCAAGCAAAGUCAUCACUCCCUUCAAGGACCCAGCUGAAAUGAUGACCACAGUGUUAUGAUUUAUCAAGAAGAAUACUUGCUGUCUUUAUCAGUAUUAUAUGCUUAAGAUUACUAACCCUGCAGGGAUGAAAUUCUACAACUUUUAAGUAUGAUCACGCAUUUGUGAGGAUCAAUAAUAUGGAGGGAUUGCACAACUAUUUGUAGGAAAGCAUAUGGCCUCCUUCAGUCAAUAGUGACCAUGGUAAAAUCCUAAUUGAUAUCAGCCCUACAGUAAACUGUGGCUAAAGUCCUAUACGAGAGUGACACAUCUGUAAACUGACUCAGGUCUGUCGAGAGUUCUGUAGAAAAAUGUACAUGUAAAUAAUGUAAAGAGUUUUGAUUUGAGAUUCCAACAUGUUAAUAGAACAAUCUACCUUCGGAUUUCUUCAAAGUAUAUCUUCCUGAAACUUGUGGGGAAAAAAAUAUAUGCUAGACUAUUUUCUUUAUAUGUCAAUCAAUGUAUAAAAGAGUAAUUGUACAUGCAGUUAGAACAUAUACGAAUAGACGGGAGGCUCAAAGAUACUCAUCUGUUGGGGAGAGAGAACAGGGAAAUAGAGGGAGAUGCAUGUUUAAUGUCUGGGAGAAGAAAUGGUAUGAAGUAGCCUUGGUACCAUCCGGAAAGUAGUUCGCUCUGAUGUUUAUUAUAUACUAUAUACGGUCGCUUCCCUGCUAUUCCGUCUGGGAACCUUGACUUCUCUAACGUCUGGAAUCGUCCAAAUUUUGGAUGAGUUAGCUGAUUGGUCCCAGUUAAUGAGCAAAUUAAGGAAUAGGUUCAAGGCCUCGUUGAACAGGCAUUCCAACACCUGAAACGCCCUGUCCUCUUGUGGGUUUGACGUCAUUGAACGUGCGCUCUAGAACCCAUUACAUCACCACCAAAAGGUUUGAAUGCGCAGUUAUCCAGAUGGGUAGCUGAAGCGAACAUAGGUGCAAACUACUGUAGGUAUGAAAAGCCAACAUGUAUGUUGAUCCCUUGCUUUCAGAUAAGUUUGUUUGGAACAUUGUUCGAAUUCCUUGUUCCUAUGUAUGGGCUGGGAUUCUUUUUUUAUCAUGAACAUAAAAAAAACACGUACAACAGAGACAAAGUUUUACCAAUCAGUUCCUUGAAUAGAAAUCUAUUUACAAACUCUUCGAAAAUAGACAACAAUAACUCACAAUUUAGUUUCCAAGUCAACCAUUACAUUGACAAAUCUAUUCUGCUUUGACUUCUACUAGCAAACACACACAAAAUGCCUUAGCUCUCUUAUGCUGUUAGUUUACCCAAGGACAAAUAUUACCUCCUUGGUAUACAGGCCAAUCUAUAACCCAAGGAGAUUACAAUGUUGGACAGAGCUGCAAUCACAACCACAUUGAAAGUUCAUUUUGAGACAUGUAGAAAUAAUAUGGGGGAAAAGCUACAUCUUGACCACCUAUUCUGCAUCGUUAUACUGUUAAAAAACAUGUCUGACAGUAAUAUGCGUCCUUUGACAACAAAAUUGUAGAUGGAAAUGGCAGACGAGGCCCCAUUAUGAGGUGAAGUGUAUGAACCAAGAUGGUACAUGUACAACAUGUAUUUGACCCCAGAUUUUAAAUUUUAGACAGCAGAGACUUGAGUCAUCAUGAGGAUUGGUCACUGUAAUUCCUGAUGCCAUAAUUGAUUUCUUUUCAAUACACUGUACUAGGAACUGUUUACACUGAGUU